AUGGCUUUCAAUAAGCUUUUCGCGGCUCUUGCGUUUGGUUUUCCCGCAGUGCAGGGUGCAGUGCCAACAAUUCCCGGCUUCAGUCUCACAUGGAGUGAUGAUUUUGUCGGCUCCGCCAACAGUUUGCCCAAUACGGCCAACUGGGUCAUCGACACGGGCACUUCCUACCCUGGCGGCCCCGCUAACUGGGGGACUGGAGAGAUCCAGACUUACACCAGCAGCAUUAACAACCUUCGUCUCAACGGCAACGGAGCUCUACAGAUCACUGCCAUCAAAGCUUCGUCUGGCUCAUGGACAUCUGCUCGCAUUGAGUCUCAGCGUGGGGACUUCAUGGCUGAAGCCGGUGGCAAGAUGCGUGUCCAGGCCAGUCUCAAUUUGCCUGCGGUUGGCAGCAACGGCAUUGGCUACUGGCCAGCGUUUUGGACUCUUGGAAACGCCUACCGUGGGAACUACUGGAACUGGCCAGCCAUUGGCGAGUUCGAUAUCAUGGAGAACGUCAAUGGCAUCAACCGUGUCUGGGGCGUCAUGCACUGUGGUGUCAACCCCGGAGGCCCCUGCAAGGAGACUAACGGUCUCGUCGGUAGCCGCGAGUGCCCCAACAGCGCCUGCCAGGGCAACUUCCACACCUACACUCUCGAAGUCGACCGUACCGCUGAGCUUGAGGCUGUGCGGUGGUUUAUCGACGGUAUCCUUUUCUGGCAAAUUGUCGAAACCGACUUGCCCGCGGAUGUUUGGACCCAGGCAGUGCAUUCCCCUCACUUCAUCCUGCUCAACCUCGCCAUCGGUGGUGCGUUCCCGAACAACAACUACGGCAGCACCACACCUCUUACAAACACCGUCUCUGGCGGUACUCUUCAAGCGGAGUAUAUUGUCGUAUACAACGCCUAA